AUGAUUCUGGAAGAAUUAAUUGGUUCUUUUGUGACCCUUUUCACGGUACUAAUUCAAACACCGCAUCUGUCUAGGGAAUCUCAAGAAAGAAUCUGUAGCUUAAUAUUCGAAGAAAAUCCUGCACAAGACGAAGUAUGCGAUGGCUGGAUACACCGUGAGUACGAGGAAGAGGCACAGCCCGACUUGCCUUAUUAUGAAGAAGAAUUAUCUGUUUUGGUGCAAACUAAUCAAGAACCAAGGAGAAAUUUCUGCGAAUCAUUUCAGCGAAGUUGUAAGGCAAAUCUGGGAUUAGUAAUCCAAGUUGUUUUCAUUGUGGGCUCGUUGAUAGUUGGACUUGUCUAUCUUGACUUGAGUACAAGUGAUGCGUGUAUAAAUAUAAUGCAUAACAAGCACGCUGUUCCACCUCGCGUUCGAAUUGUUCAAAUCAUUGGGAUUUCUAUAAAAUUACUGCCGCUGUUUGCAUGGCUUCCAACGACGGUGAUUAUGUUGUGGGGUUUCAGAGAGUUCAGAAAGAACUAUUUGUUGUGGUUGUUUAUCUGUCAGUUGCUAACAGGAUCUACUGCUUGUGUUUAUAGGAUUAUUGAAUUCGAUAAUUUGACGACAACUGCCAGUGAUUACAACAAAUACAG